UAAAAAUAGUUUACCUGGUGAAUUUGUUGUAAAGAAAAAUGAUCAUGGUGUGCCAAUUGUUUAUCCAAAAGAAGCUUGCAUUGAAAAUGAUACUGAGAAUUUACUACGUGUAGUUUACGAUCAUGGUAAAGUAUCUGAAUGGGACGAUUUUGACACUAUCCGAAGACGUGUGGCUAAAGACUGGCCACUUUUACCACGUACUUAUGAUAAUAUUAGUCCAGAACUUAAAUUAAAAAUUUCAGAAUGUCUUCAAGAGAUUAAAAAUA